AAAAAAAAACUUUAUUAAUGAAUUAAAGGAAAAAACUUUAAUCAAUGGAAAUAGACCCACAAGAACUUGUGAGAAGAAUUGUUGUAGCUCAGUUUGGUGACAUACAAUGAGAUUUAUAAGCUGCAUUUGUUUUUACUCCUCUAAACCCAGGAGGGAGUUUUGAAUUUUAUUUUCCAUGUUUGGUAGAGACAGGGUAGGCUUGCUUUUUGCCUUCCUCGAGUCUUUCUGUGAAAGACUAUCACAUGUAAUCAUUGUUUUCCUUUUUCUACAUGUCUGGCUGUAGUGAUAAUGACUUGGGACAGGGGGAAAUCCACCGCAAAAUAAAUCGAUUUACUCUUAAAAACAUAUUUUAUAUACAGGUGUGUACAUGUGUCUGUAAAAUGCUUAAGGACAAUUGCAUAUAUUUUAUGUAUAUGUCUGAGGAAAGUGUGCUGAUUAAUGUCUACUUGGUGAUACAUUUUUUUAUACACGCCUUGUGAGUGUUUUUACAAAAUGACUGAAAGUGCAAAUAUUCUAAAAUAUUAACAACUAAGGGGUGGGGGGAGUGCCGUUCUUUAAAAUAAGCAAAUAAUACAAAUAAAACGUAUAUCAUUGUAACGUUUUGUGUGAUUCUAUAUGAUGUAAGAUUUUUUUUUACAUUUUAUUUUAUUAGUAGAUUAUUUGUGCUUGGUGAUCUGAUGCUUCCCGCACUUUGCAGUAAUUAUUUGUUGACGUUUGUGAGCUUUGACUCCGCGCGGAAGAUGAGAGCGGAGCAUCCACAGAGGCAGCGCGCGUCACGUGACCACCUUGUCUGCUGCUGGCCGAGAGAGGCGUGUUAGCAGGUUUUUCUAUUUUGUACAUACAGAGUUUUGUAUAUACUGUAUAUGAUGAGCUCGCUGGGCAGCGAAAAGGCCCGGGGCCCUCGGGAUAAAGCGCUGCCAGCUGCUACUCAUGUAUCACAACCACAGAAACAAAUACAGGCCACUGCUGAGCAGAUCCGCCUCGCUCAGAUGAUUUUUGACAAGAAUGAUGCUGACUUUGAGGACAAAGUUAAUCAGCUGAUGGAAGUGACCGGGAAGAACCAGGAUGAAUGCAUGGUAGCUCUUCAUGACUGCAAUGAGGAUGUCAGUAGAGCCAUUAAUUUCCUCCUGGAAAGCACCUCGGACAUGACCUCAUGGGAGACGGUGGGAAAGAAGAAGCCCUUGCUGAAAGAGAGCCCAGCAGAAAGCAAAGAGAAUAAAGAGAAUAAGGAGAAGAAAGGAGAAAGGGAAGCCUCCAAGGGUCGGGCCACUGCCAACCGGAAAGGGAAAGGGGGGAGUCGAAGCCGACAGGCAGCACGACCAGAGGAGAACGGUGUGGAGGUGGCUCCUGUGGACAGAGGUUCGGAUCGAGGUCGAAGGGUCAAAGGAAGCAGAGGUUCUGGAGGUCGAGGUCGAGGCAAGGCAUCAGCGGGGAGCAGGUUCUCAGCUCAAGGCAUGGGACAUAAACAUUUCUGUGGUUUAAAGCAUAAUGAGUACAAAAAGAGACAACUCUCUUUUAAAAGCGGGACUUUCAACCCUGCUGACUAUACCUCAGAGGCUGGAUCUGGGACCACACAAGCAGAAGUUUGGGAUACUGCAGCUUCAAACAGCAACAACAACAACACAGAUGGGACCGUUGCUUGGAGAAGUACUUUGGAGGAUUGGGCAGCUGAAGAAUGGACUGAGGAUGUCAGUCUCUCAGAGACCAAAGUGUUCACCCCCUCAUGUGCACCUGCUGCUGAGAACCAUAUCACACCUGGGCAAAGUCUGGACCUCGCCACGCUGCUGCAGAAGCCUGGCGCCGGAGGAAGACAACCUCCGUGCUCCACUUCCUCUCAGAGUCUGGUGUUCACAAACUCCCACCAUCACCAGCAGCCGCCCCCGAGCCGCAGCACAACCAGUGGCACAAGCUACGCUCAUGCUGCUCUGUCUUCAGUUCUGGGAGCUGGUUUUGGGGAUUUGGGCCAGGCCAAGAGGCCUCAACCCAGUGCUGGUGCUCAGAUACUGGAACAGCUGAAGGGUCCCGGUUUGGGUCAGCUGCCCUCGUCCCAGGCUGCCCCGCCUGUCAGCACCCAAGGGGGCAACUCUUCAAUCGGUCGACUGCCGGGUCUGGGAGCAUCUGUAUCUCCGCCCUCGUCCUCCAGCUGGGACAUGAAGACUUCAGAGUCCAACACCACCUCCUUGUCCUCGCAAUUCAGCCGGGAGUUUGGCUUACAGCCAGAGCCUUCUCUUGUGCUGAGCCAGCUGGUUCAGAGGCACACAGGCCCCUCCUUGCCCUUGGCACGUCAGCCCAGUCCUCUAUCGCAACAGCAAGCACCCCCUGCUCAGUGCCCCCCUGCUUCCCAAUACUCCAGCACGCCAGCACAGGCUGGCCCAGUGAUGGCUGGUGCUAAACCUGCUCCUUCUGCAGGGCUGGACCCUCAGGGCAGCAGCUUGCCACAGCCGCAUCGGGGGCCGCUCAAAGGUCCUAAACGCAGAAUACCUCCUGCUUCCAAGAUCCCUGCCACAGCCGUGGAGAUGCCAGGCUCAGCCGACAUUCCUGGACUAAACCUCCAGUUUGGAGCUCUAGACUUUGGCUCUGAGUCCGCUUUGCCGGAGUUCGGGGUUGUGGACAACUGUGUGAGCGCAGCUUCCAGAGAAUCCACGCCGGCGCCCGCCCCAGCGCCACCUGCAUCAGGACUGGGGGCACAGAGCCAGAAAAGCCUGUACUCUAAACCAAUCAGCGAGUCGCUGGGAAAGCCGCUCUCGGUCUCCCUGCCUUUGCCGCUCUCCUCCUCAGAACAAGGAUACAGCUCCUCCUCCGUGGCAUUGUCCAGUCUCACUCCCUCGUUAGGGACGUCAAGCUCCACCAACCCUUCAUCAUCAACAACCUCCACCACCUCCUCCUCUGCACCCUCUUCCUCGCAUUACUCCUCCUCAGUAGGGGGAAGUUAUGACAGUACAAUGCCCCCUCACACACGACUGGGCUUUUCCCAGAGCAAAGAGGCCACAGGGCCAGUGAUGAAUGGUCUGAAUGGUGUAAGGACCUCAGCUGCUCUAGACACCUCAUCAGCUUCUUCCACGCCAAAGCCUGAGUCAUCAUCUAUGAACAUCAACACCAAUGGUCCAUCUGCACCUUCCUCCCACCUUCCCGCCACCCUGACUACCCACAAUUCCACCACGCUCUCCAGCUUGGCGCAGGAUCUGCCUUCAGCGACGCAGCUCAGCUCACUCAACAGUCAUGUCAGCAGUCAUUCGUCAGUUUCAGCUCUGGGAUCCAGCUCUCUCACUUACUCAAGUGUGGACAGCAGCAAUGUGAGCUCCGCGGCUUCCUCAUCUGGUUCUUACACAUCAUCACAGCCCGCAGCCUCGUCGCUCCACUCCGCCCACAACAGCAGCAACAGUAGCAGCAGCAUCAGCCACCUGGCCAGCAUGCCCAGCAUGGGAAACAGUAUGAGCAGCACCGUCGGGGGAAUUACCGGCACCAGUGGACUGAGCUCGGCGGCCACUAUCGCCUCCAGCUCAGCGCUGGGUCUUGGCUCCAAUGGAGCUACUGCCACACCCAACCUCUCUGCACCAAGGACCACACCCCUGCUCUCCUCCACCGGUAAAGCUCCACCUAACCUGUCCCAAGGAGUGCCUCCUUUACUACCCAACCAGUAUAUUAUGGGUCCAGGGGGGCUGCUGCCUGCUUACCCACAAAUUUAUGGAUACGAGGACCUCCACAUGCUCCAGUCAAGACUGCCCAUGCCCUCUUUGCAGGAUUAUUAUGGAAUUACAUUCCCAGGCCCCACAGCAACGCUCUCUGGUAGAGAUGGGAGCCUAACCAACAACCCCUAUUCAGGUGAAGUCACAAAGUUUGGCAGGAAUGACUCCACCUCUCCCGCGCCUCCCACAACGAGCCUGUCCGCUCCUCAGCCUCCCCAGGCCCAAAGCCAAGGACAGAACCAGGCCCAGCCUCAGCCUCCUCAGGCCCAGCUUCAGCCCCAGGGCCAGCCACAGCACCACAGCAGUCAGCAGGCCUUUCUGCCACCAGGCUACAGUUACCCAGGCCUGCCUUACUACCCCGGAGUGCCCGGCGCAGUUCCCAGUGCUGCUGCCUUCCAGUACGGACCAACCAUGUUCGUUCCUCCUGGAGGACCUGGACCAGCCUCAGCCAAGCAACACAGCCUGGGUCUGGGAAACCCCUCGGCGAGCCCCUUCCAGCAGCAGGCGCAGCAGCAGCAGCCGAGUGGUUACGGCCAGCACACAUUCAGCUCAGGGUAUGAGGAACUGACCGCAGGACCAGCCGGAGCAGAAUACAGUAAAGGGUACAACUCCUCUUCGCAGGCACAAGCCAAAUCUGUUACUGCAGGGCCCGGAAAAGGGGUCUCAGUCACAUCCAGUAACUCCGGUGUGCCAGACAUCAGUGGAAGUGUUUACAAUAAGACCCAGCAGUCUUUCGAUAAGCCGGGUUUCCAUGCUGGGACCCCCCCUCCCUUUAGCCUGCCAUCAGCACUGGGGGGUCCAGGGCCCUUGAACCCUGGAGCAGCUCCUGGAGGCUAUGCACCUGCCCCAUUCCUCCACAUCCUGCCUCACCAGCAACCACACUCUCAGCUGCUGCAUCACCAUCUAGCUCAGGAUGGACAGGUUGGUCCCAGCCAGCGCGGUCAGUCCAGCAGCCUGCAACAGAAGAGCCAAGUCAAUAAGUCGAGCUACGGCAGCUCCCCCUACUGGGCCAACUGAGAAGCCCUCGUGUGUCUCCAGACGGACACAUACCUUCACAAACAUCUGUCUGAUGAGAUCAAAGAGGGACAAACCAUUUUACAAACCAAGCUAAACACACACUACCCCUCCCCUCUCCCCCUUUUUUUUGCUCUGUAUAUCCCCCUUUUCAAAUUUAUGGCUGUUGUAUGUAAAAUAUAUUUAUGUAUUUAUACAGUAUAUAUGUAUUGGUAGGACAUAAAAUGUGGUUUUCUGCAUUGUUUUUAUUUUGAAGGACAUUUUAUUUCAAAAAAAUGUGGAUAGAAGAGAAUGCUCAUGGAGAUGAAGUUGGUGAAUAUACUUGAACACGAGCAUCUUGUGAUGUGGAUUUUUCUUUUUGUACGCCUACAUGGACUGAGAAUGAUGUACAUAGAUUAUACACAUCAUUUUCACGGCUAAAGGCCUUUUUUUUUAUUUUAGAAAAUAAUGUUUUUUGUAACUUUGGUCUCCCACAUCUGUGAAUCCUUAUAUUGAGGGUGACUUCAUAGCUUGAUUCUUUUUUUUUUUUUUUUUUCUCCUCCUUUUCUUUAACCCGCCUUUGGAUUCUGAAUUACUAGUCGGCUGGUUUGACCGGCCCAGCCUUGGAUUUGAUGUUAUUUUAACAUUGGUUUAAUCCGUGCUGUCCAAAUUAAAAGUAUCAACAGUUUGUCUGUA